GUCAGUUCUUGAGGAGCCUAAAGAGGCUUCUGGGCUCACUCUUGGUAAGUGAUCAUUUCCUUUUAUUAUUAUAAAUUAGUAAUCAGUUUACUCCUGCAAUUCUGAUGGAAGUUUCUGCUUUCAGCUCAUUGCAUUAGAUCCAGAUUUAAAGGAUUCGAGUCAUUUAUUUGAUCCGUUUCACACCAGACAAUGCAAGUAAAUCUCCCUGCUGUUUUUCUGUGUUUCAGGAUCUAGGGUGGGUCUUUUUGAAGUGAAAGACCUGAUUGGAGAAGGAAGUUAUGGCAAGGUGUAUCUGGGAUCUCACGUAUUUAAUGAGAGAACAAAGGUUGCCCUGAAGUACAUCAAGAAGCGUAAACAGGACCGUUAUCUCGACGUUGAUGGUCAUUCCAAACCUGUGCUUGCAGAAGUGGCAAUCAUGCUUAAGUUGAUGAAGGACCCACCUUGUCCCAGCAUCAUCACAUUACACCACUGGAUUAAGAAUAAGAACGACUUCGUUCUCUUUCUGGAGUACGCCGAGUCAUCCCAGAUUUUGGCUUAUUAUCUCAGAAGUUCAUUGGACAUUGAUGAAAACCACGCAUGCCGGUUAAUGCGUCAGUUGAUCCAAGCUGUCAAGUUCUGCGCUGAGCGUGGAGUUUUCCAUGGAGAUAUCCACUCGGGGAACAUCCUGGUGACUCAACCCCGAUCAGAGCUCAAACUGAUUGACUUUGGUUGUGCUCGGCUAAUUACCAGCGAGCCUUUCAACAGCAGUGAUUAUCGAGGAGCCUUACUUUACACACCGCCUGAGGUUCUGAGGGAUCCCACAUUCUUUCCUAACCCGGCGUACGUCUGGACAUUAGGCCUCAUCCUGUAUGAAAUAUUGCAUACACGAUUGGCCUUUUACGACACGCAUUCGAUAAUCGUUGGAGACCUCCAGACAGACCUCACCUUAUCUUUAGAUUGCCUGGACCUGAUUUCCCAGUGUUUGGUCCGCAAUCCAGAGAAGCGACUGCAGUUACAUCAGUUAGAAGAGCACCGGUGGUUCAAUCCAACGAGCCCAAAUCCUGUGCAACAGUGAGACAAGAGGAGAAAACACUAAAGAAGCGAAGAGGAGAACAGCAGCAUUUCCAGAAAUUUCACAAGACUGUUAAAGUUAUUAAUUACUCCCUCAUGUCAUUCCAAACCCCUCAGAUCUUACUUUUCAGUGUCAGUGUGUUGAUGAGAGCUCUGUCCUGCACUGUGUGUGUGUCCACUGCUGACGUUUACCUCAGAUGUGCCCACGCUUUGUUUAAAUGAGAGGAAGUCGCGCAGGCCUCUGGGUUAUCCGUCAGCAGUGUGACACACAUCCAGUGCAGUACAGGACUUCUGAAGUCAUUAUUUUUGUUUUAAUAUUUUUGUGUUUUUCUUUCUGCAUUAAAGAAGUUUAAUGCUCCAAACCCCUGACACCUUUCCUCAUCUUCAGAAAACAAAUGAAAACAUUUGAGAUGAAAUCAAAUCAUCAAACCAUGAGAGCUCUGUCCUGCACUGU